AGGCCUCGUGUACACGCACCCUCUGUCCACGGAAGUGAAGCACUGAGGUGCCGAGCCGGCGGCGACGAGUCGUGUCACGUGACGCGGGGCGCGCCUGGACAAGCGCGCGGUUGCGCGUGUCCCAGGGAACCGCUGACGCGAGUGCGCGCUUGCGAAGAGUCGGAGGCGGUGGGGGGGGGCCGGACCAGCCGAGGGUUGCGAGGGCUGCCGGGCCCGACGGAGUGGGUGGGUGAGGUCAGCUCCGGGAUCGCGACAACGACAUUUCGAGCCAGCGCCUGAGGCCGAGCGGAAACAUGCUGUGGUUCCAGGGCGCCAUUCCGGCCGCCAUCGCGUCGGCUAAGAGGAGCGGCUCGGUCUUCGUGGUGUUUGUGGCAGGUGAAGGGGGCGGGGGCCUGAGCCGCGGUCCCGGUUCUCCCCUGCUAUCCCGGACGCCAGGCGGCCCUCACGGCUCAGCCAGCCAGGACCCGCCGCCAGUUCCCCUUCGGGAACUCAGACCCUCAGCCCCGCGCGCCAGCUCCUUGAGCUCCUGCACAGCGCCGCAGCCUAUCCCCGAUCCUCCCCUGCGGGUCUGGAGUCUUGCAGGCCCGGGCCCGGGCAGGCCGCGCCGAGCCGUCCUGGCCCUGAAACGCGGGGAGCCCGACGCCAAGAGAAGCUACCAGCAGGCCCUCACCGGGAGCUUAGUUAUUAGCCCGGUGUGUCCCAGCCGGUUCUCAGCCAGGCCGCCGGAGGAGUGGUCGCCAGCGGACCCGGCCCGCCUCCCCAGUCCCUUUCCUCGGUCCCCCUCCCGGGUCUUCUGUUUUGCCCCCGUGGGGUGCCUGGACGCAGAUUAUGAAGCCUGUCUACAAUUUUCACAAAUCUAUCCUGUAGUGUGUAUUCCAUCUAGUUUCUUUAUUGGUGACAGUGGAAUUCCUUUGGAAGUAAUAGCAGGAAGUGUUUCUGCAGAUGAACUUGUUGCAAGAAUUCACAAAGUCCAACAGAUGCACUUACUGAAAGGUGAAACAUCAGUGGCAAGUGGCAGCCAGUCAGAAAGUCCAGUGUCCACUUCAUUUGCCUCAUUUGAACCUAACAACGCUUGUGAAAAUUCUCAGUCAAGAAAUGCAGAAGGUUGUGAAACAUCACAUACUGCUCCUGAUACAAAAUUAGAUACUGCAACAGGAGGAGAAAGUUCAAGCCAUGCCACUCCCUCUCAAGAGAAUAGUGGUUGUUCAAAUCAGAGAUCUGCUGAGGACCUCACCAUCAGAGUGGAAAGAUUAACAAAAAAGCUUGAAGAUCGGAGAGAAGAGAAGAGGAAAGAAGAAGAACAGAGAGAGAUUAAGAAGGAAAUUGAAAGAAGAAAAACUGGAAAAGAAAUGUUGGAUUAUAAAAGAAAGCAAGAAGAAGAAUUAACAAAAAGAAUGUUAGAAGAAAGAAAUAGAGAAAAGGCAGAAGACAGAGCAGCUCGAGAGCGUAUAAAACAGCAAAUUGCAUUGGAUCGUGCAGAGAGAGCUGCUCGUUUUGCAAAGACAAAGGAAGAAGUAGAGGCUGCCAAAGCUGCCGCUGCCUUGUUGUCCAAACAGGCAGAAAUGGAAGUGAAGAGGGAAUCUUAUGCACGAGAAAAAAGCACUGUUGCAAGAAUUCAAUUCCGCCUGCCUGAUGGGUCUUCCUUUACAAAUCAAUUUCCUUCUGAUGCUCCACUAGAAGAAGCAAGACAGUUUGCUGCACAAACUGUUGGCAAUACUUAUGGUAAUUUUUCACUAGCAACCAUGUUUCCCAGGAGGGAAUUUACCAAAGAAGAUUACAAAAGAAAAUUACUGGAUUUGGAACUUGCUCCAAGUGCUUCAGUGGUACUGUUACCAGCAGGACGGCCGACUACAUCUGUUGUACACUCUUCUAGUGGAGAUAUUUGGACAUUAUUGGGGACAGUACUUUAUCCAUUCCUUGCCAUCUGGAGAUUGAUUAGCAAUUUCUUAUUUAGUAAUCCUCCUGCACGGACUUCAGCAAGAGCAGCAUCACCCGAACCUUUAAACCCUGCAUCGUCUAGCAAAUCAGAAAAAAGGGAACCGGUCAGAAAAAGAGUGCUGGAGAAACGAGGGGAAGACUUUAAAAAGGAGGGGAAGAUAUAUAGAUUGAGGACUCAAGAUGAUGGUGAAGAUGAAAACAACACUUGGAAUGGAAAUUCUACUCAGCAGAUGUAGUGCAAUAAGUACAAUAUGUCAAUGAUCAUUUUUUUCUCUUAUGAUUUAAUUCAACUAAAAUUCUACUGGAGAAGUGGGUCUGCAUUGUUUUCCAACUUACGUAUAAAGGGUUUCUUUAUUCCUGCUUUAUGGCUGUAGGUUAAAGUUGUUUAACUCAGAAACAUCAAGACAAAAUGAUUGGCUGCUAGGUUGAAUGACCAACUGCUAGAAAUCUAAAAAAUUAAAAGAUUUGCCACAGCCUCCAUCAGCUUUUUAAUUAUUUUCAUAGAUCUUUUGCCAUGUGCUCUCACGUGACAUGUUUUGUUUAGAAUACUUUUUGCUUUAAGAUUCCACACAAAGUAAAGCUAGGUCACUAACUUCAAUCUUAGAGAAUUUUAACUAGCCAAUCAGAUGAUAACAGGUUUAACAUUUUUUGUCCCUUUUCAUCAGCUGCAAGUAAAGUCUUGUAGUUUUUCAUCUAAACUGAAUAAAAAUUUUCCAAAGAUCAGAACACUCUUAUUUUUGCUGUAAGCAUCUUUUGUUGUACAGGGAAGGCUUUGAUGAUGUCACGCAUCAGAGUUUUUCCCCACAGUCCUCUCUGAAGCUGUCUCAGCAACAUAGCUGGUUACUCUUCUUUACAUAUCUCUAGACAAGAACCAUUUCUGAUACAUGGUGAUUCCACAUUACUCUCUCUCUUAGACCAGUGAGACAUUUUGUUUGCAUAAGCUUUGAUCUUUGUCUUCAUCUCAUGCAAAAUGGAUAAAAAGUACUAAUCUACAACUCAUUUUUUUCUCUCACCUUUGUACUAAAGGUUUGUACUCAGCAAUCACAAUUCUGUGACCUAAAGUACCUGUGGUAUAGAAUGAAGAUAUAUCUUUACUCAUUUGGUUAUUGUUAACAACUUGAAAGAUAUUCUGAAUCUGAUCACUUGCUACUUUAUGCAUAUUUUUGACACUAAACUAAUAAUGUUUUAAAGGGAAGUAUGGAUGUAGAGUCUGUGUUUAGAUUGUAUUUAGUGUAAGAGGAAUCUGACUAUUUUGUAACAGGAAAACCUUUUCUCAGAAACCUUUGUUUUUCAUAUAAAGUGACUUUUAAAAAUAAAAGUCAUUGAUUGCAAGGAGCCAGUGAGACAGGUAGUGCUGUUAGUAGGAAUGGAAACAAUCUUUCUGAAAAAUAUGGUCAGAAACUAAAUAUUUCAUACUCUUUGGUGCAAUAAACUUUUUCUAAGGAAUGAUCAUAGUGCAGACAGAGUUGAGGUAAUAAACAUAUUAAGUGUAUUUAUGUUACUUAAAAACUGGAUACAACUAAAUGCUUCUAUCGAAGUAAUUUUGGUGCAGAAAAAUGGUACAAUACUAAUUUAGUAUGUUUACUUAUAUGUUGGGGAAGACGCAGGAUGCAGAGAUGUAGGUACAAUAUGAUCUCAGCCUUGUAAAUAUAUAUGUAUAGCUAGAGCGGUGUCAUAAUAUAUAUGUAAAGAAAGAAAAAAACAGCAAAACAUUAAUGGUAAGAGUGGUUAUAUGUGAUCGUAGUUUCUUUUUUUAUACCCUUAAAUGUUUCCAAUCUUUUACAGUGAUCUUUCCAUAAUUUGAAGAGUAAGUUUGAAAAAGAAAUUCUUUAAUAAGCUUCUAUUUAAAGUUAUCUUAAAAACUGCAGCAAUAUGUGAUUUAAAGUCAUACCCAGGACGGUUGGAUGUGAGUAUACUAAUCAGUAACUAUAUUAGGAAUAUAUUUUCCAAAAAUGAGUACCUCACGUCAGUUUGUCUUGAAGAAAAUAAAAUAAAAUCUUGGAAAAUGUA